CCAACACACACGAACAACAUGGAGGACCGAGUGAGCUAUGCUCUGGCGGCGCUCCCUCCAGGCAAGUCGAAGGAUGACGUGCUCCACAGCGGCAUCCUUCUCAAGCGAGGACAUGUGAGGAAGAACUGGCUCAUGCGGUUCUUCGUUCUCACCAGUGGCGCCUUGCGAUACUACCGGAAACCUCCUGGCAGCAGAAGCACAACUUGGAGCGUCGAUCCGCGCUACCUCCGGGGGGAGUUGCCUCUUGCUGACAUCAUCCACGUGGAAAGCGACGAUAGUUCUCCACAACGAGGUCAACAGCCGCGCACGUACCGCUUCACGAUCACCGUCCUUCGCCAUCGCAUCCUGUUCCUGUUGCGCCGACCAGUCCGGUUCCACGUGCAAGCUGCCACCGAAGACGAGCGAGACAAGUGGCUGCGGAUCCUCAAGGAGCCCAGGAAACCUUUGUCCAAGGUGACGUUGCCCCACCUCACGUCGGCGUUGGAUUUGUACCUGCACUUCGCCGCCGACCAUUCAAACUCCUCCUCCCCGAUUCCAUCCGCGACUACGGUGGACAAGGGCACGGCCAAGAUGCUCAGUCAGGACUUUCCCCUCUUCUUGGCGCUCCUGCGGGACAUGCACGUGGUUGAGUCUGCCCACGAUCUCGUGCGGAUCCUCGACCAGGUCCAGGGCGAAGUCGACGACGGGCGGUACAACGACAUGCUCAAGCGCAUGUUGGCAGUCGCGGCCGAGCUCAAGCUGGAGCGACGGCCUUCUCUGUGGACAAAAGACGUGCAAAUGGCGUACAGCUCCGUGAUGAAGUCCAUGUAUCGGAGCCAGCCUGGCAACAGCGGCGGCCACUCGACCUCUCGGCUGCUGCAGCCCCUGCCUUCGAAACCCAAGUACACAUUGGGCCGAAUCUUGGGCAGCGGCGCGCACUCCGUCGUCCGUGUCGGGUACACGUCGUCGCAUACCCAAGUGGCCGUGAAGUGCAUCGCCAAGACCCAGUCGUCAUGUUCGACUGAAUUGCUACGGGAAGUCGAGUUGCUUAGAUCGCUGUCCCACCCAAACCUGGUUCCGUGCCUGGAUUUCUAUGAAACCCCUGGGUUUUAUGGCGUCGUGACCCCCCUCUGCACCGGCGGCAUGCUCCUCACGGACCUCAUGACCCGGCCGCGGUACUCGGAAGCCGACGCGCGGCGCGUGAUGGUCCAGCUCGCCGGCGCCCUCGCCUACCUCCACGCCAACGACGUUGUCCACCGCGACGUCAAGCCCGACAACAUCCUUCUCUACACGUCCGCGGCCAACUCGCCCAUCCUGCUCGCGGACUUUGGGUUCGCCAAGCGCUUAGUCGGGUCGACCCGGGGCACGAGCUGCGGGACCCCGGGGUACAUGGCGCCCGAAGUGCUGCUCGGCCGCGAGUACGGCAGCCCCGUGGAUUGCUGGAGCUUGGGCGUGGUGCUGUUCAUCUUGUUGUGCGGAAAGCCCCCGUUUCCCGGCUCCAACCACGCCGACAUUUGCAAUCGAGUGGUGGAGGCCAGCGUGAGUCUGGACCAUCCCAACUGGAAUGUCGUGACGGACGCAGGCAAGCAGCUGACGCUCAAGCUGCUCGUGGCCGAUCCCGCGGACCGACUCACGGCCGCCGAGGUGCUCGAGGACCCGUGGAUGACGGCGGACGAAUCCGACUUGGACCUCCCCGGCGUGCUCGAGACGCUCAGGAGUUCCAUGGGCAUGCUGUCCAUGUCAGAAUUGGACCAAGUCGACGACAUGACGCUCGACUUGGAGCUGUGUGCCCCGCUCGACUGAUCUCGCGGCUAAUUUAAUCAACUAACUUAAUACAUAGGACUGUAGUUACUUG